GAAGGCUUGCAAUACGAGACUAGAGGCGUUCGAUACGCGCUCGCUAAUAGCUUGCCGGGCAGGCGCUGCGCGGGAAACGGUUGAUGCCAUCCCAUUCAGAGCUGGCUUAUUCUCAAUGGACUUGUUAGCUACUGCUGUAUUAUCCACGCAGUUUCUUCAAUCUUAGCAUGUCCACGACACCAGAAACCUAACUGUUCGGAAGCCCCAAUGUCAGCGCCCCAAGCCGUCUUCCAGAGUUCUAAAUGAGCUGAUGUGCUGAUUUUUGUCGUUGUGCUGAGUAUCCAAAGUGCGUGCCUGACGGCAAGAGCGGCGGAAUGGGGCCGUCGUCGUGGAACAUUCCAACCCGGGCUUGUUGCGCAGUGUUCCAACCGUCUUUCCAUUAGUUCUCCGUAUAGGCAUAGACUUGAGCGUGUCACUACGUCAUAUCAUAACGAAACGCGCGAGCAGUGCGAGCGCCGAGUCGAACAGGCGGGUCACAAACCUUGCUUAUUUACCCCCUGCUAUAGGAAUGCCGUGCUUAAGUAUAUUGAUAGCGUCUGCGCUGCUGGUAUGUACACUACCUACGGGCCUCGCUAUCCUGGGCUUGAAGGAAGAGCGCCUCAAAACAAACACGACUCUGCCGAUGGAGGAGCUGUACAGCCCCCCGCACUACUCUGUAAUAGGCCAGCAAAAGUGCGGAACGUCCACACUAUGGAACCAGCUCAUUCAGAAUCCGGUCAUCCGGUGGGCGGGCCCUAGCAAAGAGCUUUUCUUCUGGAACGUGGACUUGCCGAAGACCACGUUAUGUGACAACCACAUUGAGUCGUACCUCCUCCAAGUAGCCAUUCAGCGGGAAAAGUUCAAUCGGACGGACGUGUUAAUGGGCGACUGGUCCACAACGUACUUCAGUUGUUUGUGUUGUCCUCUCACAUUGAAAAUGCUCAACCCCAAGAUGAAGAUCAUCGUCGUGCUGCGUGACCCGGUGCAGCGAGCUCUGAGCCGCUUCUUGGAACAGAAGCGCAAUGAGCGCUUUCCGCUGCAUAAAGAGGUCAAGAACCACACGUUCGCAACGUUCGUGGACCAGGAGGUUGACGAGAUGGACGCGUGUGUGGAGCGCGCGAGUGCCUUCAAGAACCAGCUGUCCAACAGUGCGGUGCCGGUGGGCUGGGGCGGCGGCAUGAGCCUCGGCCAGUGGAUGGAGGCUCAGUGCUUCGCGCGGAGAAAUAUCAUUGGCUGGUCCGCCUACGACGUCUUCCUGGAGAACUACCUUGCGCACUUCCCGCCCGGCCAGGUCCUGGUCCUGUACACUAACGAGCUCGCUGAGAACCCGCUGUCCGCCAUCCGCAAGACCGAGUCGUUUCUGGGCGCGCCGGAAUUCAACUACGACCCCAAUCGCCUGUCCAUGGUCUUCAAUUCGCGAGCCUGCUACCACUGGAAAUGCGCCAAGAAGGCGAACGAGAUCAAGGCCGUCGACGACUCGGAGCCAGUCACCAACCGCACCGCGCCCUUCCUACAAGCCGUCAGCCGCCUCACCACUUUCUUCAAGCCGCGCAUGCAGCGCAUGUUCAAGUGGGCAGAUGAGGGCCGCAUUGCGGACGUGCCGCCUGCAUGGAGGAGCACGUAUGCGUAAGGUUGCCUUGUAUCUUUAGUCACAAGGAGUAACGGCGCGGGCUUGGUGAGAGCGUGUAGAACGUAAGUACGGCUGUGUUUUGGGGGCGGGCGGGAGGGCGGCGAAACGUGGCCGGAUGCGCACAUGAAUGACAGCGGCAACCCGUGUGUGGUCGGGAAGACCGCGGAACUCACAAUGCAUGCCAUCCAAGGACGAUGGCACAAGGAACGUAACGGGCAAGGAAUGGAAGGAUGGUGCUGGAAUUGUGGACGUCAGGUUGGGCCACGUGGUGGCCUGAUCUAGGCUUGCUAGGACGCAGAUAACACACGCACACCCACGCAUACAUGGUGACGUCAUCUGCGGUACAGGGGCGGACUGUGGAAGCCGCCAGAAGCACGUGGCCAGGAGGUGUAGGCUGGCGCGCGCUUCGGGUAACAUGCGUUGCGGCUUUGCAGUUGCGGCUUUGCAUGCACCCAUCGCGCUGUCGCACGGGGUAUCAAAACUAGCCGUUGCUACGGGGCGUGUGUUGCGCUGUGGUGGUUGCCACGCCAACUCCUCCCGCAACUAGCUCUGCAAGAUUUCUUCAGAUGACCUGAGAGCGAUUUGCGAUCUGCAUGCGGCAUGUAUCCAGUAGCCAUUGGUGGGGCAGUCCAUGCAAGGCGGAGGAUAGAGCAUGACGGUGAUUCAGGCCUCGCGUGUUUGCGUACACUUCUUAGGCUGGCCUGGUCGCGACCACAUGGCCUUGAGGUUUGCGUGGCGACAUCUGUGUUGGGGAAGCUUUUGCGGGCCGGGGUUGCGAAAUUUAUGGGUCAGUGCUGGACGCGAAGGACAGUCUUGGGUUGUCAGUCCACGCUUGCGAGUGAGGGGAGCACCUGUGACGGCCAUGAUGUGAUUUUGUUGCCUUCUGAAGGCGUAGGCGGGCAAGAUGUCGGUCCGAAAGGGCAGAGAAGGGAUGGUGGCACGCGCUCGGACGGACCCACUGACCGCUGGCUAGGCGUGGCGGGGCAUGUGUGUACGGCACCGUUCGUGCUUGUGCACGUACGCUUCUGGCGCGCAGCAUGUGCUCGAGAGGCACCAGCACGCAUGGUGAGGAUGAGCGCAGGUUUUGCUUCCGUUUUGCGCCCACGUGACAGGCUGGAGCAAGUGAUGACGGAGGAUGCAGUGUGACUCGCUGAUGUGUGUGUUAAAGAGCACAAGGAAAACGUUGCGCAAAGACAGUGUAUGCGAUGCAGCAAAGCGACGGUUUACGGAUGUUACCUGAAGUUACCUCGCAUACCUGCUGAUGUGUGUGUGUGUGUGGCUGGGGGCAAUGCCGGACAGAACUUCAUCUAUGAUGAACCCUGACGCGGGCUUGGAUGGAUGGAAGGUUUUGGCAGGGGCCUACAAUCUCGUCCGGCUAUGCCGUUGGUGCUGUGCCCUCGCCCGCGUGCCUUCGCUUCGUUUGUGUGUAUGUGUGCGAUGGGACAGUGGUAAGGCAAGUUGGUAAAGUCCCGUAGGGUGCAGCUGUUUCCCAGAACCCAACAAAUGGCAUACAAUUGGCAGCGGCAGGGCAAGAGUGCGCGGCUGGUCGAACGCCGGCGUUACUGUACCGACGAGUUGCUGGCUGGCUGGAAGUUUGCUGACGCGCAUCCGUAUGUGUGUAUGUGAAUGUUCGCUUCAUGCAGGAUGCAAAUUGCGAUGCUCGGUGCUUCAAUUUCGCUUAGUGGCUAGCAUAGCUGGACAGAAAACGGCUGAGGACUCCUGUGCUGUCGCGGGGAGUGUGUCUGUGGGUGAUAAGGGCGGUCUGAGGCCCCAUCCAGUAGAGUGCGGGAUCUGUUACUCAUCCAUCCGAACGAGCAACUGCAAGUAAGUAGUAACAUGCAUUGUGUGCGUGUGUGUGUAUGCGUGAUUGUGGUAUUGUAGACUAGAGGUUUGUCGCGACAUGUAUACAUAUGAGAGUAGAGGGGGCUUACGAUGCUGACAUGGCGUGGCGUGAUGAAUGCACCGUACUGCUUGAAAUCAGGCGCCGUAUAGAUGCGCUGGAGCAAUGAUGGCGGCAAGUGAACGCUGUUACGCUGCGGAAGGGAACGACAUGGUAUGGCAGGCACUCUUGCUGCUGAGGUGCAGCGAGGUGGGACCACUGCGAUUAACAAUUCCCAUGCCUUGGCCAAUCCGAUUGGCGUGCAUCACUUGCAUGUAACACUGACUCAAG